AUGUCGAAUGAAGUAUUGAUGAUGUCAUUUGAUCUCGAUCUUACCAGCAGCAGUCGCAAGCACAGAACUGCGAUUCUGAUUGAUUGCCACCGUCUUCAUCAACGUAUUGUUGAUUCUGUGGUUCUAUUUCAUCACGUUUCAGCUGCUUUCGGCGCGCGGAUCAACUUCAAAUCCAAUUCGGAUUUAAGAUGGCAUAAGGAUACAAGAUGA